GUGUUGGAAGAUAAUGACUAUGGUCGUGCAGUGGACUGGUGGGGAUUAGGAGUUGUCAUGUAUGAAAUGAUGUGUGGAAGAUUACCGUUCUACAACCAAGAUCAUGAGAAACUAUUUGAACUGAUUCUAAUGGAGGACAUAAAAUUUCCUCGAACUCUAUCUGCAGAUGCAAAAUCAUUGCUAUCAGGCCUACUGAUAAAGGAUCCAAACAAGCGACUUGGUGGAGGCCCAGAUGAUGCAAAAGAAAUCAUGCGUCAUAGUUUCUUUGCUGGAGUAAACUGGCAAGAUGUAUAUGAUAAAAAGCUUGUACCUCCGUUUAAACCUCAAGUGACAUCUGAGACAGACACUAGGUAUUUUGAUGAAGAAUUUACAGCUCAGACUAUUACAAUAACGCCGCCUGAAAAAUAUGAUGAGGAUGGAAUGGACUGCAUGGACAAUGAGAGGCGGCCGCAUUUCCCCCAGUUUUCCUACUCUGCAAGUGGACGAGAAUAACUUUUUUGUUCUGCUGCUUCACUGUCAUCUUAGGUUUAUCACUGAAAAUGAUUCCUGAACAUCACCACCAGUACUAGAUACUAUUUAAGAUAGCAGGGGCACUUUCAGAGACUGUUCCAAAUUGAACAAGUUUCUUUCCCAGACGUACCUAAAA